AGAGCAUUACUGUACAUGGUAGCACAAUGUCUGGGUUGUAUCUGCGGUGUCGGGUUGGCAAAGGGAUUCCAGAAGGCCUACUUCGACAGGUACGGUGCUGGCGCCAACUCAGUUGCGUCAGGCUACACCAAGGGAACAGCUUUGGGCGCUGAGAUCAUCGGCACCUUUGUCCUUGUCUACACCGUUUUCUCUGCCACCGAUCCCAAGAGGAGCGCCAGAGACUCUCAUGUCCCCGUGUUGGCACCACUCCCAAUUGGGUUCGCGGUGUUUAUGGUUCACUUGGCUACCAUCCCAAUCGAUGGCACCGGCAUCAAUCCAGCAAGAAGCUUCGGAGCUGCUGUAAUCUACAACAACGAUAAGGUGUGGGAUGAGCAUUGGAUCUUCUGGGUCGGACCUUUCGUUGGGGCAGGCAUCGCCGCCUUCUACCACCAAUUCAUUCUUAGAGCCGGUGCCGUUAAAGCUCUGGGUUCCUUUAGAAGCAUGGGUUCUUUCAGAAGCAACCCACACAACUAA